AUGUCCGAACGCACGGAGAAAAGUAAAAUGCUUGCGGGGGAGCUCUAUCAUGCCUUCGGCGACGAGCUAGUGGCGGAACGAGCCUCCUGUGCGGCAGCCUGCCGAGCAUUCAACAAAGUCACGCACGGGAUGCCGCAUCUUGAGCGUGCAAACCUACUCCGAGCCAUCCUACACCAACCCCCCCUUCCCCCUACCACCCCUUCCUCCACCUUAUCCCAGGAACCCUGGGUAGAAACCCCCUUCAUGGCCGACUAUGGCUACAACACCACCAUAUCACCCGGCGUAUUCAUAAACUUUGGCUGUAUAAUACUAGACACGUGCAAAGUUACCAUCGGUGCGCGCACCCUUCUAGGACCCAAUGUUUGCCUCUUCGCUGCUGCGCACCCGCUCAGCGCGAAGGCGCGGGAUGGACUGCGCGGGCCGGAGUACGGCGCGCCCAUCACAAUAGAGGAUGACUGCUGGCUAGCUGGGAACGUCACUAUCCUGCCGGGCGUGAGGAUCGGACGUGGGAGCACGGUUGGUGCGGGCAGCGUGGUUACGAAGGAUGUCCCGCCGGGAUGCGCGGUCGCGGGGAAUCCGGCAAGGGUUGUUAGGGUUAUUGAGGAGGACGCUGUGGAGACUUUUCCCAGGGCGGGGGGGAGAAAAGUUCUGGAGAUUCCGAAGCCUAGUUCUGCUGGUGCGGGGGAGGGUGAUGAUCUUAAGGUGCUCAAGAGACUGGAAAGGUUGGAAGCGGAAGUGAAAGAGGUGAAGGACGAAUUGAAGAGGAGGCUGUCAUAG